GUUGUGGGACAAACAUGGUGUUGCUGGAGCUCCCUCACUCACCGGCUACAAACCGGUUUCUGACCUGGCAGGCUUGAGCCGUAUUCUGAAAACCCGUGGGGAAAUGGUGAAGAACCGAACGGUGGACUGGGCCCUGGCAGAGUACAUGGCGUUCGGCUCCCUGCUGAAAGAGGGCAUCCACAUCCGCCUGAGCGGCCAGGAUGUUGAGAGAGGGACAUUCAGCCAUCGCCACCAUGUCCUUCAUGAUCAGAAUGUGGACAAGAGGACCUGUAUCCCCAUGAACCACCUCUGGCCCAACCAGGCUCCUUACACCGUCUGCAACAGCUCUCUGUCGGAGUACGGCGUCCUCGGAUUUGAGCUGGGCUUUGCCAUGGCCAGCCCCAACGCCCUGGUGCUUUGGGAAGCCCAAUUCGGGGACUUCCACAACACCGCUCAGUGCAUAAUCGACCAGUUCAUCUGUCCCGGGCAGGCCAAGUGGGUCAGGCAGAACGGCAUCGUCCUGCUGCUUCCCCACGGCAUGGAGGGCAUGGGUCCUGAGCACUCCUCUGCCCGCCCAGAGCGAUUCUUGCAGAUGUGCAAUGAUGAUCCUGACGUCUUCCCCAAACUGGAUGACUUUGACGUGCGCCAGCUCUACGAGUGCAACUGGAUUGUUGUGAAUUGCUCCACUCCAGCCAACUUCUUCCAUGUCCUCCGGCGCCAGAUUCUCCUGCCCUUCCGCAAACCGCUGAUCAUCUUCACUCCAAAGUCGCUGCUGCGCCACCCCGAAGCCCGCUCCAGCUUUGAUGACAUGCUGCCAG